AUCCUCUUCCCCCACGUGCCUCUUUUAGCUGCUACUCAAAAACAUCGCCAGUCAACGCUGCGUUAAUUAACACAGCGCGUCGCCAGCCGCCGGGGGUUUAAUUUAGGCGAUUUUUUUUAUCGACCAAGUUAAAGGUGGAUAACUUCGGAAGUCACAGUUGCGUCAUUUGCCAGCGUAUUCAAGAUUAAGGCUGCUGUGCCCAAGACGAAGUGUUUGCAGCGAUCUCGCUUCGACCGCGGACCCCCCCAGAAGCCAUGUCGACCAACACGAAUCAGGCGAAAAGCUGCCCCAUUCCCACUCGGGUGCUGACCCUGAAGGAUUGGUCUCAGCUCCCCGACUGCUACAGCCAGACCCCCGGGGGCACCCUUUUCUCCACAACGCCCGGAGGUACCAGAAUCAUCUAUGACAGGAAGUUCCUGUUGGAGUGUCGAAACUCGCCCAUCGCUCGGACUCCCCCAUGCUGUCUUCCCCAGAUCCCAGGGGUAACGGUACCUUCUACACACCCCAUAGGGAAACUGCAGGACCUCAAAGAGGAGAUAGAGGAAGAGGAGAAGGACCUAGCAGACGAUAACCAGUUUGAGAUGGACAUCUGAGCUCCAGCUUUACCUCCUGUGGAGAGUUGUUUUUGUUCCAGUGCCGAUGCAGUCUCUAAUGGCUGUCGUGCAACACGUCGAGCUUUUUUUCUUUUUUGUUAAGGAAAAAAAACCCUUUUUUGAGGAACCAAAAAAAGAAAAAAAAAGAACUUAUGGGUGUUUUCAACUUUAAAAAAAAAAAAGGUACCAAAGUAUUCAAAGUAUUGAGCAAAGAAUGCCCAUAUAUGAUAGGAUUGCUUGCAGGCUGAAUACUUGGCUGCAGCCAGGAAUACGUGAUCAGUUUUGAUUUCACAAUACUUUUUGAAAAUAUCUUGUAAAUAAGUGUAUGGUGCUAUGUUGGCUUUUUUUUUUAGAUGGGAAAUGUAAGAACAUUACAUUGAGACAUGUAAAGUCAGGCUUUUUACAGUGAGGAGGUCUUCCCCUCCCCCUUGCAGACCACCUUCUCAUGGGUGUAGAAGGGUCUGCCAACUUGGGCUUUAUGCCUCAAGGGGUCUGGGCCCUCCUGAAAACCAGCCCCUCUGUUUUUUUGUAAUUAAGGAGAAAUUAAAUGUGAAAAAAAAAUCAAUAAAUAUAAAAAAUCAAUAAAUAUCAUAAAAAAACUGUCAUUUUGUCUUUAUUUUUCCUUUUAUGGUAAUUAUACUUGAUUUAUUAUUUUUUGGUAGGUCACUAGGCAGUGUUGCUUCUGAUGUCGUAUGUGCAUAUGUUCCUCUCCCCUGUUGUACACUUCUUAUCCUAUAUUGCCUUUAUCUUAUCACACUGCUUAAUGAUAACAUGGAACUCUCAACCUGACAGCACUGAAGCAUCCAAGCUGCAGCCGCGUCUCUGACGCAAAACUGAUGUGUGCAACUUAAGUAGCGACCGAAAACAUUAACAGUAGCUUAAAUCUAUUUCUUUUUCUCUGUCAAUUUCGAAAGUUUUGCACAGUCAUUUGUUUGCACACUUUUCAGGCUUUGUAAUCUGUUCGAACUCCAAAUGUAUCAUUAAAC